AUGUGCAAUAAAUAUUACGUAUUAAGCUGCUGGUGUAAAUACGUUUUUUGUUUAUGCAGAUAUUUAGCGUAUAACAUGUAUAAUUGUGAAUCAUUAUUUGACAAGUUGUUACAAAAUGGUAGUAACGGUAAUAGUACACAGAAUUUUGUCGAACAAACUUACUUGAAUGAAGAUUUAGUUAAACAUGAACCUCUAGAUAAUGUAGAGCAUAGUAAAUACCAUACGUUUGCGCAAGGUAGCGACAUUAAAUCUGAAAAUGGUUAUAAAUACAAUAAUCUCACACAAAACAGAGCAAUGAACUAUGGAGACCAUACCCAUGAUUCAUAUUCUCAAGAUAGUAACUACUCGUCAAAUGACAGUUUGGGCAAUACAGACUUUACACACAAUGAAAAGCUGAGGCCAUCUGAAGGAGCUUUAGAUACAAAUGCCCUGUCCCAAGGUAUAUACGAUACACAAGGUACUUGUAAGGAUGAGGAAGACGACGAUACAACAUAUAUGGGCUUUAAUUCCAAAGACGAAAGUGCAAUGUAUGGCAUGAAUCCAAUAGGCUACCAUACUCACUUGGAUCAAAAUGCGCUCAACGAUUUUUCACAGGCGUACGGCAGAAAGGAUAUGGAAAGUGACACGUACCUUCCAAUUGCCAACAUUGGUAGACUUAUGAAGAGCGUAUUGCCUCCAAAUGCUAAAAUUGCUAAACAAGCAAAGGAUAUGAUCCGAGAAUGUGUUACAGAGUUCAUACUCUUUAUAUCUAGCGAGGCGUCUGAACUCUGUUCUUUGGAACGUAGAAAGACGUUGACCGGUGAAGAUAUUCUGCUUGCGAUGAACCGUUUAGGAUUCGAACAUUAUGACAAACCGCUAAAGCUCUAUCACUCAAAAUGGCGCGAAAUGAAGGACCAAGGUGUUAGUGUUGCACAAUGUACCAGUUUUAGGUAUUGA